AGCGCACGAGGAUCGUCAUCGUCCGGAUAAACGCGCAGCACACCUCACUGAGGAGAAUCAAGACCGAAUCAAAGCUCGAGAGCGACUGCAGGACACGAGGAAGUGAAGUAACUCGUGUGGAUCCUCUAGACGCGCCAUUCUCUCGCUUCACAGACAACAUAUUUUUGAAUGUUGACUUCUGCUGUACAAGACUAUAGGUGAUAUAAAGAAGAAGGUGUGUGAUGAGAUGCUAUCUGAAAAACAUCCUCCUCCUAGCUGCUGGUCUUUUCAUUUUGACCAGGGUCUACAUCCACACGCGGGAAGCAGAAUCAGGAAGCCUCGAGGGGUCGUCACUGACCUGGAUCUGGGAUAAGGAGACUUGGAUGGAAGAUCUUAAAGGCCAUUACCUGCAUUUCAAUGUUUCCAUUAAAGUUUUGGCAGGAGUCUUCCAGCAGUCCAAGAAAUACCUGACAGUGGGCCUCUCAUCUGUGAAGAGGGAAAAGGGCAGUUAUCUUCAGGACACUCUUCAGUCAAUCUACUCUGCCUCCUCAGAGGAAGAGCUGGAUCAUAUGGUCGUCGUUGUCCUUCUUGCUGACUUUGAUGUGAGCUGGAUCCAGCAGACAUUGGAGAAGAUUACAAAUGAAUUCCACACGCGGCUGUCCAAGGGUCAACUUCUUGUCAUUCAUGCCAAUGAAGACAACUAUCCUCCCCUCACAGGACUGAAGAGGAACUUCAAUGAUGCUUCUGAGCGCGUGUCCUUCCGUUCGAAGCAAAAUGUGGACUACUCCUAUUUGCUCCAUUUUAGCAGUAAUCUCUCCCAAUACUAUGUCAUGCUGGAGGAUGACGUGAGCUGUUCGAAGAACUUUCUCUCCAGUAUACGUGAGCACAUCCAUUCAAUGAGCAACUCAAAGUGGGUCACAUUGGAAUUCUCCAAGUUGGGCUACAUUGGAAAACUCUAUCAGUCCAGAGAUCUGCCCAUUCUGGCCCGAUUCAUUUAUAAUUUCUACCAAGAGAUGCCCUGUGACUUCCUGCUGUCGCAUUUUCACAAAUUGUUGAUGCAGGAUGAAGUCAUUCGUUUCCGCCCAUCUCUGUUUCAGCACAUGGGCACUUAUUCAUCAUUUAAGGGGACGUUCAAUCAUCUCAAGGAUGAGGACUUUGUUGAAGAAGUUGCUGAUAACCCUCCAGCAGACAUUAGCACGAAUAUUGAAACUUAUCAGACGAAUACAGUCGACAAAGCUUACAGCCAGGGCUUAGAGUAUUUCUGGGGUGUAUCACCUAUUGUCCCAGAAAACUACAUUUUAGUGGUCUUUCAUGAACCUGUUCUCAUCUCACGUGUCCAAAUACAUACAGGAUUGGAUGGGAAAGAUGAGCUGGCCAAUGCUGAAGUGGAACUCGGAAAAACGCUGGUGAAAAAGGAGUCGGAGGUGGAGUGUUCCGGAUUUGACAAGCUGGGUGCUUUUCAGCAAGGCCAGUUUAAUGAACCAGCAGUCCAGAAACUUGUGCCGGCAACCGUGGCAUGUCUACGAAUCCGAGUCACUGCAGCCCAAACGAGCUGGGUUGUUGUACGCAAGAUCCAGGUUUGGAUUGUUAAAGCUGCCGAAACCCUCUGAAAUAUUUCUGGUGUGAAUUCCUUAUCAUUACUUACAAAGGCAUGAAUUCUUUAAAAUAGGCAUGUUUAGUAAUCUCUGUGUGAGGAUACAAGCGUGAGGGAAUGAUAGUUAAACUGCAUAAAAUAAUAUUAUAAAUAACCUUAAAAUAAGAUACAUUUACUUUGGCAUAAUAUAUUUUCUUUAGGAAGCUAAAUUUAAAUUACAUUUA